GCUAGGAUACUCGUCUCCUCGGCAGCAUGAGUGACGAAAGCAAGCUAGACGAUCUCCUCACUCAACUGGGCACGGGAAGAUGGAACGUUGUCUACUUCUUCGGAGCAGCGUUUUGGUACAUGCUACUUCCGCCUCAGUGUUUCUCUGUCGUCUACUUGGCGCCCAACCUAAACAACACCUGCCUCCCAGCCCUUGAGCACAACAUUUCUUACAUCGCAGAGGACUCGUGUAGCUACUUCCGGAUCACCUCGGAAGGAUCACUACAGGAGGAGCCGUGCACUGAGUUUCUUUACGAUGAUUCCAUCUUCAGCAGCACACUCACGUCUGAGUUCGGUCUAGUGUGCGGGAGGGCUUACCAACGGGCAGCCUACCAGAGUGUCUAUUCUCUCUCCUCCAUCAUCGGUUCCUUGGUUAGCGGGUACGCGGCAGACAGGUACGGGCGGAAAAUUGUGGUGGUGGUGUCGCAGGUAAUGUACGCUGCUACCUGCAUCAGCAUCAGCUUCAUCAGCAACUUUAACGUGAUCCUUGCAUUCCGAUUUCUUUUGGGGGCGCUUGGAACACCCACCUUCUACAUGCUAGGUAUGGAGGUGUGCGAGACCAAGAACAGGUCUGCUGUAGGCAUCCUUAUGGCUCUGCCCUGGGCCUUUGGUAUGAUGAUGUGGGGCGGGGCAGGCUACCUCAUCAGAGAUUGGCGGUGGCUGCAGCUUGCCGUGUCCCUCCCUAUAAUCCUCAUGCUGCCUGUCUUGUUCCUGAUUGACGAGUCACCCAGGUGGCUCAUCGUGACUGGGCGACAUGACAAGGCCCUCAAAGUACUGCGUCGCGCCUCGAGGCUCAACAAGACCACGUUGCCCCCCGAGGAUGUCCUAAAAUCAAUCUUUGACGACAUACAGCUUGAGAACGAAAAGCCAGUGACGAAGACUGAGAGCAUGCACAGCCUAGCCAUGGGCAGCGGGCAGGAGAGGUGCACCAUGUCCUGUCCAAGGCUGCUGAGGUCCCACAAAAUGAGGGUGGUCACUAUCGCUCUCUCCGUCAACCUCUUCAUCUCGUCUCUCGUGUACUGUGGCUUGAGUCUGAGUGGCGCCAUCUACAGUUCUGACCCCUUCCUCUACAUGGUCCUCAGUGGGCUCAUGGAAACGCCCGGAUACUCCCUGACGGCGCCUCUAAUUAAGAAGUUCGGCAGGAAGAACCCGAGCAUCAUUGGCUUCACGAUAUGCGGCGUUGUCAUCCUUUGCCUCACCGUCAUUCCCUCAGACAUCUCGUGGCUGGUGAUGACCUUCGCCAUGCUCGGUAAGCUCGCCAUCAGUGGCGCCUUCAUGAUCCUGUUCGUGUUCGAGGCUGAACUGCUGCCGACGGAGGUGCGUCUGCAGGGCCUCGCCGUCACCAUCGUUUCGGCCAACAUUGCCGCUGCAUUGUCCCCAUACGUGGCUGACUACCUGGGUCCGCUGGUGCCGUGGCUGCCUUCCGUCAUCUUCGGCCUGUCGUCCUUCGUAGCAGCAUUAGUGCUGGUGCCGUUGCCGGAGACGCUGGGCCUGCUACCUGACAUGAUACAUGAUCUCGAGAAGCUUUGGAGAAAAAAAGAAAAAAAAACUGACGCUGGAGAUGAUAGUCUGACGGACAAGCUGACGGCGUAGUAAAGAAAAGGAGAAGGAGGGGAAAAACAAGUUCAAGAAAAAAAUAAAACGAAACGUGAAAAUAAAUGAACAAUGAAGUGGCAAGGAUGGAAGGGAAACGAAAAAAAACGACGGAAAGGAGGAUAAUGAAGAGGAAAAAGGACCUAGGAACACAUUUAGCUCUUAUAAGGAAUCCAUUAUUACACUAUGUGAAUUUUUUUUGACUUUUUCUGUUCCUGGGCAGGUGUUAUUUCCCUAUUGCAUUAGCCUGAAGUAAAUUGAAAAGACCUGUUUGUCUCUUCAAUAUUUUCUUUUGAUAUGUCAAAGUCACCCAUUUUUCCUGUACUCACCUGGCCACCCCACCUCUACCCGCCUGGCCACUCCACCUGUACCUGUCUGGCCACUCCACCUGUACCUGCCUGGCCACUCCAACUCUACCCGCCUGGCCACUCCACCUGUACCUGUCUGGCCACUCCACCUCUACCUGCCUGGCCACUCCACCUGUACCCGCCUGGUCACUCCCCCUCUACCCACCUGGCCACUCCACCUCUACCCGCCUGGCCACUCCACCUGUACCUGUCUGGCCACUCCACCUGUACCUGCCUGGCCAGUCCACCUGUAUCCGCUUCACCAGAGAGGAAGUAGCCAUCCAUGGAAGAGAACAGUGGAAGAAGGUUUUGAAGAUACAGAAUUACAGCUGAUGAGAGAA